AUAAGACAGCGCUCUCAGUUUGCACAAGUACAGAACUGGUAGGGAGCGUGGUGUGGGGGACAGUUUCUGCCUUAACUCGGGACUGUGCCAGAGACACACAGGGAAGAUUAUUGGAAUGGGAGAUUGGAAAUAAAUAUACAAAGUGCUGGUGCACUUGAAAAAAGACUUUGUAAGAGGGUUCUGGGUUUUUUUCGGUUACUAAUUCUUUUCUGUCCGAGCAACAAAUAUUUAAAAUUUGUUUUUUUGGGGCGGGGGGGAAGUGGAGGGAAGACGGGUCUAUUUCUCUGUGUUAGUCUGUGUGUGAGGGAGAAAGAGUUUGUUGCAAUGUCUGAUUCGGCCAGCGAGGACCCGGAACGGACAAUGCAGCUCAGACACCUCAACAAGGCUGUGUGCAGGAGUUUGUUUGGUAAAUUGGACCAUGAGGAGCUCAGGAAGGAUAUGAAAACUCAACUGAAAGAGAUCAAAAACUCCUACUGCCAGAGGUGGAACUUCGACUUCGAGAACCACAGUCCCCUGGCUGGCAAUUACAUCUGGGAAGCUUUCGACUCCCGGGAUCUUCCCAGUUUCUACUGGGACUCCCCUGUCUCUAUCCCCAGCGCCGAGGCAACAGGCGAUGCAGAGACUCCCCAGGAGCUGGAGGGCAGUGGCCGGGCGAAGGAAAACGGCAUGAACCCCCAUAAAAUCGGGGCGAAAGCCAGCACUAGGAGCAGAAAGCGGGAGAGCACAGCUCCCAUAACAGAUUUCUUCCCAAGACGCAAGAGGAUGGCCAGUUUCAAGCCUUUGACUCCUAGAGAGACAACUCCACGGAAAAGGUUCCGGUAAAAAUCACCCAGGACCGUGAGUGAGAGAGAAUACUGUUUGCUUUGGGCUUUUCAAUAAACUGACGCUUUGAAACACCUCCUGCCCAGGUCAAAGUUAAUCAGAUCCUGAAUGUGAUAAAAGCCUGAAUGGGAGAUUCCCAAGAACGCAAGACCACUUCCAAACAUCUGCAUUGGGAUUCGAUGCAGAUUCUGUGUUCAUGAAACCUGAAGCACUGUCAGUCCACCUAUGACUUCGUUGUGUGAAGGACCUUCCAGGACACACUCUGCACACUCAAAAUGAUACAACAAUUCACUGACAUUUCUCACCACAAAGCACAAGAAACUAAAACCCAAGACAUUAUCCACAUCGAACACUCUGAGGACUAUUGAUAGCUAAAACUGUCGGCUUUGUUUGGCUGGGAGUGAGAAAAUCAGCUUGGCGGCCUCAACCCGAGUCAAGCGAAAGCUUCAGCAACACACCUGGUGGCAUGUACUUCAAGGUGAUUGAUGUGAAUGCUGCAACAAGGAAUCAGAUGUAGCAUUGAUGCAGCGUCACACUAGCGAUGUACCUGAUUGAACUGCCGCUAUACUUACUAACUAGUCAUGAUGUGGAGGUGUUGGUGUUGGACUGGGGUGGACAAAGUCAGAAGUCACAGCGACACUAGGUUAUAGUCCCAACAGGUUUAUUUGAAAUCACGUGCCUACAGAGCGCUGCUCCUUCAUCUGGUGAAGUCAUUACCUGACCAAGGAGCAGAGCUUCAAAAGCUUGUGAUUUCAAAUAAACCUGUUGGGAUUAUAACCCUGGUGUUGCUGUAACUUCUGACUUUUUAACAAACUAGAAACAGUGGUAUGUAGCUUGUGAUUGCUAUGAUACAUUAUACUGCUACAGAGGGAGUGACUGCAACAGUAUGGCAUGGUAGACCCUGCUGAGCAUGUGCUAGAAUGCUCAAGAUGAACACUUCUGUCUCCCACUUUUCCAGGUAUUAUCCGAACAUGCAAGAGGUUCCACAGCUAAUAUACAACUCUCUGGGAGUAUCUGAAAUAGCUUUGCAUCAGUGUGGAGUCAUUCAGAAACUGUGAUAAGCGGAGCAUCGAGGGGGGCCAGUGGGAAAUGGUGGAUUGAGCACAGCCCUUAGCUUUCGUCUACCCGGGCAGCUUACAGAUUGGUUUGAGAGGUUGAAUCCCUGCAUUUGGUGUUAAAUUGCAUCUCGUCAUUGCUGAGUGAUAAUGGGAACUGCAGAUGUUUUAACUCUCCCUCCCAUUCUUUAGAUGACAUGUCCAUCAUGGGCCUCCUGCGGUGCCACAAUGAUGCCACCCGAAGGUUGCAGGAACAGCAACUCAUAUUCCGCCUGGGAACCCUGCAGCCCAAUGGUAUCAAUGUGGACUUCACAAGCUUCAAAAUCUCCUCCCCCCCCAAUCCCAAAACCAGCCCAGUUCUUCCCCUUCCCUCCACUGCAUCCCAAAACCAGCCCAGCUCGUCCCCUCCACCCACUGCAUCCCAAAACCAGCCCAGCCUAUCUCCGCUUCCCUAACCUGUUCUUCCUCUCACCCAUCCCUUCCUCCCACCUCAAGCCGCACCUCCAUUUCCUACCUACUACCUCAUCCCGCCUCCUUGACCUGUCCGUCUUCCCUGGACUGACCUAUCCCCUCCCCGCCUCCCCACCUAUACUCUCCUCUCCACCUAUCUUCUUUUCUCUCCAUCUUUGGUCCGCCUCCCCCUCUCUCCCUAUUUAUUCCAGAACCCUCUCCCCCUCGCCCUCUCUGAUGAAGGGUCUAGGCCCGAAACGUCAGUUUUUGUGCACCUGAGAUGCUGCUUGGCCUGCUGUGUUCAUCCAGCUCCACACUUUGUUAUCUCGUCAUUGCUAUUGUGAUAUCUGGCUGGCAGUGACCAUCCCUGUGACUGCAAAAAGCCCUUUAAAUUUCCACUUGGGGCUUGACCCAAAGACGACCAAACCUUGUAAAAUAUGUGCCUGGAAAUAAAAUGUUACCUACGAUGUUACCAAAAGACCACCACUUCUAAAUCACCAGAAUUCUGCAAAAUGUUACAAGUUCAGCAACAGAGAUCUUUGUAAAAUCCUGUAAAAUAAAGUUGGGGAGUUGGGGAGAAAGCUCUAUAAAUUAUAUAAUGUGUAAAAUUGCAUACAGUUCAUUUAAACACUAUUUGUAACUGGCGUUGCAGAAUGAAGACAUUGUGUAAAAUUCAUUUUUUUAUUUGCAUGUGAAUUCACAGGACACUCACCCUUGUACAGAACUGUUUUAGCAGCUACCAUCUCAAUGGGAUUGUUACUUCAAAUAAAGCAAUUACGUUCUUUUGAA